AAUCUAUCUGUUCUCCCACGAUAUCUUAUUCUCCUCGUCCGACUAUAUCUUCUUCGAUGUGAGAUCCGGCGAGCUCCGGCGAAGGAUGAUCAUCGGAUAUGUGAAACGUCGGCGAUUGAUUUUUGUGAUGAAAGCCGCUGCCAAAUUCCUAUGCUCCGAUGAACCCAAGCGAUCCUUUCCUCUCGAAGCUCGAUUCCGUCAGGAGUCGGUGUCCGUCGGGAGUGGCGCUGGUGGAUUGCGAAGGGAGAGUGUACAGAGGAUGGUACAUUGAAUCGACUGCUUAUAAUUCUAGCUUGGGGCCAGUGCAAGCGAUGCUGGUUGAUUUCGUGGCUAAUGGUGGUGGCGGAGGGUUUGAGAGGAUCGUUGGGGCAGUUUUGGUGGAGAAGAAAGAUGCGGUGGUGCUUCAGGAGCAUACGGCAGGUUAUAGCUCCGAAAUGUGACUUCAAGGUCUUCCAUUGCUGAGAUUCUUGUGAGAAGCUAAUAAAAACCAAAAGCUUUGUUGAUAAAGUCAUAAACGAACAUGUGAUUUCAACUUCAGAUCUCGAUGAAGAGCUUAAAGUGGUGAGCUUUCCUGUCAAUUGAUCUGUUGUAAGCUUUACCCACAUAGCCGUUCAUGUAAAGAUUUGAUCUUUAUGAAACUAAAUUGCUUAUUGACUCUGUUGUCAAUUUCAGGAAGAGAGUGUUGUGAGGCAGAAUUUCAAGUCAUACGGUGCUUGGCAUCAUCGAAAGUGGGUUUUGAGUAAAGGGCAUUCCUCCGUAGGGAAUGAGUUACGACUUUUGGAUAAGUUUCAUGUGUUGUUCUUCUUAUUAUCAUUAUUAUAUUCUUUUAUGUGUUAAUGCCUUAUAUCAUAUAUUGCAAAAAGUAAAUUCACAAAUCCUUGUUCCCAUCACCUUUUCUCCAUUUUAUAUCCUUGUAAACUUAU